AUGGUCAAGCCAAGCAAUAACAGGGCGAAAGCCAUUGUGGACGCUGCAGCUGCAGGCGGAUGGGCUGUCCCAGCAAUGUGUCUCUACAACCUGGAAGGUAUCCUGGCUAGUGUACGAGCGGCCGAAGCGAAGGACUCUCCAGUCAUCUUGCAGCUCUUCCCAUGGGCGGUGGAAUAUGCGGAUGGUCUGCUCGUCCACGCUGCGGCCGAAGCAGCUCGGAAUGCAAAGGUACCAGUCGCCGUGCAUAUGGACCACUGCCAAAGCCCAGAUAUGGUCAAGCGAGCAGCCGAUCUUGGAGGCUUCGACGGCAUUAUGGUCGACAUGUCUCACUACGAGAAGGAGGAGAAUCUGCAAUUGACGAAGGAGCUCACAGAGUACUGCCAUGCACGUGGUAUCAUCACCGAAGCUGAACCAGGCCGGAUCAAUGGUGGCGAAGAUGGUGUCAAGGACACUGCUGAGCUCGAAGGCAUUCUCACUACACCAGAGCAAGCAGAUGAGUUCAUCGCUACUGGGAUUGACUGGCUCGCGCCCGCAUUUGGCAACGUCCACGGCAAGUAUGGUCCCAAAGGUCCUCAGCUCCAAUACGAUCGACUACAGAGCAUUCGAGAUUCGACGAAAGGUCGUGUCGAGCUCGUCCUACACGGAGCAGGCGCCGAGUGGUUUGGCAGCGACAACGGCAAGCUAUUACAGCAGAAUAUCUCUCACGGUAUUUCGAAAUGCAACAUCAAUGAUGUGAUCAACGACCCGUACAAGCAUUACUUGGCCGAGCAUGCAGCGAAGGAUGGACUGACAUCGAUCAUUGAAGGAGCGACGGCGGUGAUGCAGAAGGAGACCGAGAAGUGUAUGGACUGGAUGCAAAGCAGUGGCAAGGCAAGCAGUGUCAAGUUUAGUAAGUAG